AUGGGUGUGCUGUGGACUUUCUUGCUUCAGAGCUUAUGUUCCAUUGUGCGUCAUUCAAGGUUUUUGGCCGAUCGGUUCAUCGAAGGUAUAUGCCCGUUCUGCGCGUUCGAAGAUGCCCGUGGUGAUCAGUGCGACCACUGCUGUCGUCUGAUCAACGCCUGUGAGCUGAUCUCACCGAGAUGCAAGCUAUGCGGGACGAGUCCUGAAAUCCGAACUUCCAAGCAUAUUUUUCUGAAUUUACCUAAGUUGCAACCUCAAGUUGAGACUUAUCUGAAGUCACAGUUUGGAAAAGAAGAUUGCUACUGGUCGCACAAUGCUCUAGCCAUCUCUCAGAGCUGGCUAACAGAAGGUCUGAAAGAACGAUGCAUUACGCGCGACUUGUCUUGGGGUACGCAAGUUCCGUUGGAGGGCUAUGACAAGAAGGUAUUUUACGUGUGGUUUGAUGCUCCCAUUGGUUAUGUAUCGAUUACUGCUAAUUACUGCAAAGAUUGGAAGAAAUGGUGGAUGAAUCCAGAUGAAGUAAGGAAGCAUAAUCUGAAAUUUUGCAUAUCUUUUGACAAAGUGUGUCUUUUGGCAUAG